AUGAACUCAAAAACCGUCCUUCUCGCUUUCCUUUUGGCUAUUAUCUCUGUUUGUUUGGCUCAAAAGAAAGGUAAGUGUCAACAGCUCUUUCAAAUUCAUUUUUUGGACUAUUUCAGAGGAGAUUUUCGCUCGUGCUGUCGGACCAUGCAUUGCUGAUAAGUGCCAAACUGCUCACACUUGCUUUUACGGCCAAUGUAUCCCAGACGGAAUCGCGCCACCAAUGAAGGCUCUUAACCAAGGUACAUCAGAAUAGCAUUAUCAUUUGUACAUACAUGGAUCAUCAUUUCAGCUGAUGCUAUUGGUCCAUGCCUCAACUCGAUGUGUCCUGGAGACAAUUUCUGUCACCAGGGACAUUGCUACAGCAGCUCGCUCAUCUCCGUUUAA